GUCGCCGUUCCCGAUGCAGCAGCGGCGCGGCCGGCCGUCCGGCACGGACGGCUCCGACUUCUCCUACCGCAUGGUCGUCGACUCCCGGUACCAGAGGGUCGCCGACGGAAGAUCCCGCCUCGCCAGCCUCAUCCUCGUGCAGAUACUGCACCAAGUCGCUGGGGGCGCCUUGCUGUUGCUAUCUCUGUCAAAGGGAGCGGAGAUGAACAAGUUCGCGGUGCUGUCCGUGGCCGCCGGGUUGCUGGCCAUUCUGCUGGGGGAAUUAGGGCGGAGGAGGACUAUGGCAGUGCUUCUUCGGUUGUACACGAGCCUGUCAUCAAUUGCUGUUGCAUUCUCCGUCACAUGCAUUAUCCGUUCAGAGUUGUUUGGGAAGAUCAUGAAGCAGGACACCUCAGCCAUUACAAGCUACGAACUGUUUGAUGUGAUCCGUGUUGUAGUUGGUGUCCUGCUUCAAAUGGUGGUUAUCGCGACGACUACCAGACUCCUGCAGAAUAUGUCUCCUCCCAAGAGAGCUUCGUAACAUUGUAGCUGUGCUCUACCGGUAAAGGAACGGAAUACUUUCUGGUUUUUGUACUUGUGGAAUGCUAGAGAUCUAAAGAAACGACACUUGUUGCACAAUCACCAUGCCUAUCAUGAGUUAACUUGUUUCUAGCCCCUAUUUUCUUCUUCUUUUGCAUCUUCCCUUUACAGAACCUGUUGGGAACAUACAUAUAGUGGCUAAAAGGCUAAUUAAGAACUUUUAUGUAUCA